CACCGUUAUUCGUCGGAAUCAUUCGAACUUUGAAAAUGGAUCGGUAGCUGGGAAGGAAACCUAAAGCGAAAUACGCAAGGAAAACGGCUUUUGUCCGCUAUUCAGCGAUUUUUUUUGUGUUGUAAUCAGCAGAGGAAAUUUUACGACCAACUCCACCACCCACCAGCCACUUCCAGCAGCCACAGAAGAAAAUAGGAGCCCCCUGCACCACCACCACCACCACUACCACUACAGCACCAUCUCCACUCUACAACCACAACUACAGCAACAACUGCACAGCCAAGCCCACAAAGGAAAGGUGAAACGCAAAAAGAAGAGCGCAGAAAAUAAAACCAAGUCAGAUAACCGAAAAAAAAAAACGCACGGUGCAAAUAGAUAAACCCAUUUUUUGCUUGCGCCUUUUUUCGCCUAUGUGAUGAGAGAAAUCAGCAGCCACCAUCGAUUACAACAACAGCAACACCAACGACGACUCAACCACCAAACUUGACCAACGAGCGAGCGAGAGAGAGAGAGCGAGCAGCUACAGAAUCAAAUCGGUUUGCACAACUAGAAAGAAAGAAAAAAAAAAAGCAGCCGCCGCAUUUCUUGGCAAUUGGAUUAAAAAGUAGAGGAAAACAAAAAACAACCCAUAGGCCACCAUUUUGAAUGAGCUGAGAAAGAGAGAGAGAGCGAGAGCGAGAAAUUGCUCAUUUGUUGCACCACGCAUUGCAGCUGGCGGCCGCGUAACCGUAAACCCUUUCCAGCUUGGAAUACCUUCUCCUGUUCUACAGUAGAGUCCACCCAACAACAAACAUGGUGGAGCUGGAGGAGCCCAAGUCCGGGACAGCUGCCCCUGGGGCAAAUGCAACGCUGCAGCGCAACAAUGCCACCAACAACAACCCCCGUGGAUCCGGGGACAGCGGCAUCCGGAGCGGCAGCGGCAUUUCCUGCAGCAACACGGACAACAGCUGCAGCCAGAGUCAGUCAGACGGGCAGAAUGAACUGACGCGCUACAGCAGCGAGGAUGUGUCGGGCAAUGAGUCGAGUGAAGCGCCCAACAUGACCGAGAUGGAGCGGCAGGCGGAGCUGAACAGGCAUAAGGAGGAGAUGCAGAAGAAGCGACGCAAGAAACGCAUCAGUUCCUCCCUUCAUUCCUCAACGUUCCAAGAGCUGUACAAGCUGACUGGCGAGAUUCUGGGCGAGGGAGCCUAUGCAUCGGUGCAAACUUGCGUCAACAUCUACACCGAUCUGGAGUACGCCGUGAAGGUGAUCGAUAAGAUACCGGGGCAUGCGCGUGCGCGUGUCUUUCGUGAAGUGGAGACAUUCCAUCACUGCCAGGGCCAUCUGGGCAUCUUGCAACUGAUCGAGUUCUUCGAGGAUGACGAGAAGUUCUACCUGGUGUUCGAGAAGAUCAACGGGGGUCCGCUGCUGACGCGCAUCCAGGAGCACAUUUGCUUCUCCGAGCACGAGGCAUCGCAGAUAAUCAAGGAGAUUGCCUCCGGGCUGGAUUUUCUGCACAAGAAGGGCAUUGCCCAUCGUGAUCUCAAACCGGAGAAUAUUCUGUGCGUUAAGACGGACUCGCUGUGCCCGAUCAAGAUUUGCGACUUUGAUCUGGGUUCGGGGAUUAAGUUCACCACGGACAUCUCGUCGCCAGCAGCCACUCCCCAGCUAUUGACACCAGUUGGCAGUGCCGAGUUCAUGGCUCCGGAAGUGGUUGAUUUGUUUGUGGGGGAGGCACACUACUACGAUAAGAGGUGCGAUCUGUGGUCCCUGGGAGUCAUUGCUUACAUCCUGCUCUGCGGCUAUCCGCCGUUUUCGGGCAACUGCGGCGAGGAUUGCGGCUGGAAUCGCGGAGAAAACUGUCGCACGUGCCAGGAGCUGCUUUUCGAGUCCAUUCAAGAAGGACACUUUUCCUUUCCGGAGGCCGAGUGGCAACAUGUAAGCGAUGAGGCCAAGGACCUGAUUUCCAACCUGCUCGUCAAGCAGGCAUCAGAUCGCCUCAGUGCCGAGGCAGUGUUGAAUCACCCCUGGAUUCGUAUGAGCGAGCACGAGCCGCCGGCCAACAAGCAAUCAGGCCGCCACAAGGCUCUGCAGACGCCCAGUAACAUUCGACGCAAUCACCAGUCGGCGAGGGAAAUCUCGCAGUUUGCCGAGUCGGCCAUGGCCGUCAAGCGUGUGGUCCUGCAGCAUUUCUCGAUGCGCUACGACUACAUGAAGGAGCGCCCGAACAUCUACCAGCCGUCGCAGGCCUAUAUGGAUGCCUACAGCGAUGAGAACUACAAUCCCAAGCCGCCGGCUCACUACACUCGCAAUCGCUCGCAGCGCAAUCCAGCUACGUCCAUGUGCAGCUACGGAGGACGCAUGUCCUCGAUGCACGGCCAGCGGGCCAGUAGCCGUCAGUCCUCUCGGAAUGUCUCUCGCAAUGCAUCUGCAAUUUACCCCAACAGCGGGGGCUUUAAGACACUCAACGUGCACGAGGAAGAUGACGACGAUGAAGCUCUGGAGGCUUUUGGUCGCAUCGACGACGACGAUGACGAGUGGGCCAGGUCGACGAGGCAAUACCAGCAGCAGCGCGAGCUGCAGCAGCAGCAGGAGGCGCUGGGCGAGGGUGGUCACUACAGGCGCGAGAGCGGUAGCGAGGGCGACGACAUGGAAGAGGAGGAGGACGGAGAGAGCGAGGACUAUCAGCACUAUAAGCAUUAUUGGCGCGAGUUGGACGAGGACGAGGGCGAUGACUAUCUGUAUGAGCAGCAGCAGCAACGCGUCGACGAUAUAGCCGAGGAAGAGGAGGAUGAGGAGGAGAAGCUCCAGGAGGAGCAGAAGGAGGAAAAUCAACAAGCUGACAAUCUGAAGCUAUCGAAAGCUUACCUAGAGCAAGUUGGCGAGACCAAUGUGGAGAAAUCGAAGCCACAUCAUGAUAAUGGUUUGUAUGAGAAGGAUGAACUUAUUAUGGAUAAUAUGCAUAUGGAGGAAACAACCCAGCAAAGCGAAUUUGCUAAGCUCACCACAAUGCGCAAAGAUGCGCAGGAGGAGGAGAUGGAGAACGGUAAGGAGAUUAAGCAGCAGCAGGAGAAGGACAAGGAGACAAAGGAGAAGGAGGAGAAACAGCAGGAUGAUGUUGAUGGGGCUAAGAAGCAAGGACCAUCAAGUGAUAUUAGUGCUACUACCAUCACCGAUAAUAACAAGCAGCAAACACCAGUUAUGACUACAACACAGAUUACCAACUGGCAAACUUGGGAUGCAAAUGAAGAUGAUGAUGUUAAACUAUUGGAUAGUAUUAGUGAUUUAAAUGAAAAGCUACCUGAAAUUUAUGAGACUGCAAAUAUUGUUGUCAACUCAGCGGCAGUGCCAGCAGCAUCGACACCAGCAGCAGCAGCACCACCACCAGCAACAUGCCCACCAACCGAUAAACCAGAGGAAAAUGAUUCGAACGAGAUAAAUCCGACGACUGCUGCUGAGGGGACAACAAUGCGAACGACUUUUGGCAAGGCGUCGGAGGAGGAGCAAGAGCAAGAGCAGAAGCCUCCAACCCAAUCCCAGACCACCAUGGGCCACCACAGCAAGUCCGGCCGCAAUGUAUACUUUUCUGUCGAUGCAUAUCAGAACGACGAGGAUGCCGAUAUCGACGAGGAUGAUGACUACGAUGAUGAUGAGGAGGAAGAGGAUCUGCAAGAGCAACGCAAGCAGCCGCUGUCUUCCAUUGCCAAUGCCUACACCAGGAAGCAGCGACAGCAGCACCAGCGGUACAUUGUGCCGCGCUACCAGCCUGCAGAUCCAGUUCCUCUGAGGCAGCAGGCGGAGAAUUGGCGUUAUCGCACUCAUCACUCGCAGGAGCAGCAGCCGGCAGCGGGCUAUCGCAAGUACCGUCCGCCCUUCAGCACCGGAGGCGGCGGUGGACACCAUGGCAACCAGCAGCGCAAUUACCUGGGCAGCUUCUCGCACAGCGGCGGUGCCGCUGGCUACAAGAUUGCUCCGAUGCAGCCGCCACAGCAGCCGCCUCCGCGGCACAACAGCGCCGGAAGCAGCGGCAGUGGCAGCGGUGGAUCCCCGCCAUCCGACGAGCAGUCGACGAUCCGAAACUGGCGCCAGGAUUGCGUCUACGCCCGCAGCUACGGCAUGAACCAGCCGUCGGAGCAGCAACAGCAGCGAUACAACCGCUCGACGGCCCAGCGGGCCCAGCAGCAGCCUCGCAUCGGCAGCGGUCGCUUUGCCCACCUGCAGGCAGCCCAGUUGAUGGAGGAGCUGCCGGACAUGCGGAUCGGCCUGUCGCCGCCCAGCGAGAGCGUCCUGCUCCAGCGGCGCCUGCGCCAGCAGCAGCGGGCCAACGAUUUGUCCGAGUACUGCGAGCCGGCAACCGCCAGUGGAUAGGUCGCUUUUGGACAGAUAACUCUGUUUUUCACGCACAUUCUCUAAAAAUCAAUUUUCCAGUUCUAUGAUUCUUUUUGGUGCAACAUUUUAGGCACACUUACAUUUCAAGCAAAAGUGUACGAAUACAAUUUAAAUUCAAUCAAUUCCCCCCUAUUGCAAACAGAGUUAACAUAUGAAAAAAAAAAACACAAAAAAAAGUGAAUUAAACAUUGUAGGAGGAAAACAGAAACCAAGGGAAAAUGAGAGUGGCAAUUGUCUACGCUGUUUUGAAGCAAGCCAAACAGUCGUUCGAGAUGAAAACAACAGAAAACAAAUACCUUUUUUUAUAAAAAAGAUUCGAAAAAUUGUAAUUUAUAUUGCAGUAUAAUUUUUUAUUGUGAAAAAUAAAAACGAAUACGAAAAGUGUUUGAUCAAGAGAUGCAUAAAACCCUUUAGACUUUUCUGUUCUUUGGUGAAAUUGAUCGAAUCCUAAGUAAUCUUUAUAAAAAUAAUUGCAUGCCUCUUGAGUCGAAAUUGAUGAUCAUUUUUGAACGCCCGUUCCAAAUACCAAAAUGUACAACAAAUGAAAAUUGUUAAAAUUUGUAUAGUAUGUUUUUAUUUCUCAUGACAAAAAUUGUUAUAAGGAAAAAAAGAGGCGGGCAGCAAAGAUAAGUUGAGUUUAUAAAAUCAAUUAAAUUGUCCAAAUUUCGAGUGUCUCGCCAAUUAGUUUGACCCGAAAUUUACACUUAAACACAACUAAAGCUGGUUAGUUAUCUCGAAGAAAUUGACUAGUACUUGUGUAUCUGUCAGUUCCUUGGAUAAAACUUGCCCGUUGACGGUUAUUUCUUUCCAAAACUGUUGAAAGAUAUAUUUUUUUAAGCCCCCGAGAAUUCCUCCACAUUAACACCCACAACACACACACUAUGGCCAACUACACUGGGCAAAAUGCUAACAAACUCUUGACAUUGCUAGUUGCUCAACAGUUUUUGCUGGGCGUAAAUGAAAGGAAAGCAUGCAAACCAAUUUUGUUAAAUACAUACACACCUAUAAUAUUUAAAAAAUUGUGAUAUAAAAUGUAAAUGUAAAUGCACCUGAAGAAAUCUAUCUAUCAAAUGACGCUGUGCCAUCAACAACCACUUCUAGAAGGAACAUUUUCCACAGUCUUUGUUUGUUUACGUCCCACGAAAUCAAUGUCAAGUGCAUACACACCAAUACUUCUAUUUUUCCAAACCAACAGCAACUUAUACUAAAAACUUCCAAAAAAUAUAUAAAAAAAAAACUUAAUAAAAGCGAAAACAAAAAAAGAAACGAUUAAAACCGAUGAAAUGCUAAAAUAUAAAAUGAUUGUUCAUAAUUUUAGCUCAAAACGCGGCUGAGAAAAUGUUGCCAACGUCGGCUUUUUGAGUCCGGUUAAAGUUUUGAACAUUUAAUCACGAUAAUAACGACAGCGUCCAAUUAAUUUUAAACUAUUCAUGCAAUCGAUUCCUACAGAAGCAAUCAAAGUUGCAUUGAAACUGAAAUAUUGAAGUGGAAACUAUCGCUUUCGUUUUGUUUGUAAAACUGUGAGGAAUGUUUCGCAACGAAACAAAAAAACAUUAUAACUAUGAGUUAAUUUGACAAGCAGCGCUGCUGAGAAUAUGAUAAAACUACACUCAAACAAAAAGAACACCACCUUGGUUUAGAAAAUGUCCGUUAAACCAAUGGGUACACUUAAGUCGUUAACACUGGUCAGCGCAGCUUUCGAGAAGUGAACACCAACGAGAGACCGGGGGAGAGUCCUUCAAGUAAUUGGAUUAGCUGACCGAUAAAAUCAA